UAAAGGGGAUAGCAGAUUUACUGAGGUUAUUGUAGGCUGGUUAUCACCUCAUUGGGAACCAGAAAACAGCUAAUCUGGAGUACCUGGUAUCUGAGGGAUUAAUUACCUGACAGGAAGGGUGUAUGUACCUCGUUGGACCAAAGUGUUUACAUAGCAAGCUCAUUACAGGUCAGCUGGUUUGUCUCACAGCGGAGGGCACCAAACAUUUUAUCACAAAACAGGGACGCAUUCCUGUCAUACAUGGUGUUGCAUUGCUCUCUAAGGAAAGUGAAAGUGCCUGAUAUUUUAUGCUGAGAUCACAUGAGCUGGAAGUGGAUAUAUGCCCCAGACAUUCAAUAACUUGUAAUAUAUGUGCAUUUCUGUAUGCACCACUGCUGAUUGUUGUUGUAACACAAAUGUAUCAUGCAUGCAGGUGUUCAAAAGUUUAUCAGAUCUGUGAUAUUGUUUGUGGGAAACCAUUUCACGUUGGCAUAUUGCAAUGAAGGACCCCAUGAAGCAAAUUGGAAAAGCUAGUUUGGAUUGAUUUAAGUCAUUGAUUUUUGGAGCAGCAUGCAUACAUAAGAUUUAUUACCUGUAUGUUUUACUUAUCUGCGACAGAAUCUAACUUUUUACCUGGGAAAUACUUUUGAUGUUCACAUACCUGUAAACGGCUAUAUUGGUAGUCAGUGUGUACAGGUAAACAUUGUCCUGUAUAAACGAUUUACGGUAUGACAGGAACUGGCUUCUCUGUAUGAGGAGGAAUUGAUGACACUGAGUUUUAACUGCUGCCAAAGUGUACAUGGGAUUUAUUACCAUCUGGUGCAGAAAAUUUAAAUAUUUAAGGUCAUCCUUCACGUGUGGAGCCUUAGUAUCAAUUACUAGGGUGCAUGCUCUCUGAACUGUGAAAUUGAACUUAAUCAACUGUGGACCUUGUGUCUGGAUAUUUUUGAAAUACUUCCUGUACUGGAGAUGAAGGUUGGAAUACUUUGAACUUUUACGUUUCUAAUUUGUGAAUGGUCAUCAGUCGAUCUACAAGGCAUUGACACUGCACAUUGUUGGGUUUAACAGACUGAGAAUAGUAAAUGUGUGGGAGCUACAGAGAAUGUUGGCAGUACUAUAGUUAAGAAGUGUACACAUGUGUACAGGUAAAUUAUUAAUUACCAUAUUUACCUGUGACGGAAGUUAACACACAUUUUGUCAACUAGAGUUUUACAGUACUUGUUUGGUCUUCUACAAAUUGACCUGACGAAGACCUAACAUAUAGGGACACAGACAGGAGCCUUUAGAGCCUAUAGACCAUUGACCAUUGACCAUUUACCACUAACAACUGUCCGGUGACCAUUGUAGUAGUGUCGCUCUACCUGGGGAUUUUAAAUUUGAAAAGGAUUGUAGCUCUCCUGUGUAGUAAGGUAGACUUUAUAAUUUAGGAGACAAACCUUUUUUAUGUGACUCGUUCAACAUCGAAAUGUCCAAGAGAUGAGUCAACAAGAAGUGAGCGUACCUGGAAUAUCACCUGGCUAGGUUUUGGUCGUAUUUAAAAAAAAUAGUCUUUGGAUCAGGCCGUGGAUUUUGUUUGCAGCAGUGUUGUACAGAUGUUUGGUCUGUACUUGUGAUUUUCAAUAGAGAUUUCAAAUUGAAGGUGUGACUAAUCCGCACAUUACCUGUGGAAAUAACAGUUAUUGUACUAUAGCUGUACAGUAUCAUACAACCUCGUUAUGGACAUUAUGUAAUGGUUUAAAUAGCGACAGCCUAUGUAUGGUAUUUACCUGGAUGACUUGGUAUUAACCAAUCAAUUAUACAAACACACAACGUGUUUUGCCAACAUUUGUACCAUACUGUAUGAUACUUUUUUAAAACAGUGUGUAUCUUGAUUGGUUGGCGUAUUCCCAGAAAAUGAUCACCACAUAAACAUUCCAUUUCUGGACUUCCUGUGACAAAUAUUAUGGUGAUAGAACUAUUUUGUGAAAAUUCCUGUGAUUCUGUGGAUGUUUGUAAUAUGAAAGAACAACAGUGAAAGAAGAUUACUAUCGGUUUGCUUCACAGGACAGUUAAUUAAUAUUCUAAGUUGUGGAUCAAACCAGUGUUUCCAAUGUUAGAACUAGUGAUCUACAUUUUCAUUAUACCCAUUGGAUUAUGCCUUGGGCAAGCUGGGGAAGAUGGGAACCAAUGCUCAUCAGUGCCCUGUAGAAAUGGGGGUACCUGUGUGGACGGUUUUCAGGUUUAUACUUGUCAGUGCCCUCACCUAUUCAAUGGCACCAACUGUGAGAACGACCUCAGAAUAUAUGGUUGUGAUGUUAGUCCAUGUCUGAAUGGAGGGACCUGCAAUCAUGUAACACCGUCUACAGCUACCGGUAACCGUAACUACAUGUGUACCUGUGCUCCAGGAUUCACAGAUGUCAAUUGUCAGGUGAACAUUAAUGAGUGUGACCUGGAUACCUGUCAGCAUGGUGGGCAAUGUGAAGACGGAAUCAACUCCUUCACCUGUACCUGUACCUCCAGGUUUGAAGGUGAUCGAUGUGAGACGGACAUUAAUGAGUGUCAAAGGUAUGCUGGUAUCUGUGGUCCUGGAACAUGCUUUAACAAUGAAGGAGGCUACGACUGUUACUGUCCAGUAGGCUACGAUAGCCAACGCAACUGUUCACAGUCUCUGGAUGAUUGUCUCGCUAAUCCGGGCAAGAAUGGAGGGACCUGUAUUGACGGAGAUAACUCGUACACAUGCCAGUGUGUCCUGGGCUUUACUGGAACUGACUGUCAAACAAACAUCGACGACUGUAAGGACGUUGUCUGUCCUGGACAGAACACGGUCUGCCGUGACCUAAUCAACUCCCAUGAAUGUAUUUGUAAAGCAGGAUACUUUGGUGAACCGUGUGUGGAUGUUGAUGAGUGCCUUGUACAGCCCUGUAAGAACGGUGCGAACUGUACAAACCUGGAAAAUGACUAUAGCUGUACAUGUGUACCCGGCUUCACAAACAAGUCAUGUGACUUCAAUAUUGAUGACUGUGUACCAGAUCCGUGUAAGAAUGGAGCAAGCUGUGAGGACGGUGUGAACAGCUACACCUGUACUUGUGUACCUGGGUACACAGACCAAACGUGUAGUACCGACAUUGACGAGUGUCAAACCAGUGGUCAGCCCUGCCAGAAUGGCGCCACCUGUAGGAACGAGGUGAACAGGUAUGAGUGUGAUUGUGUGGCAGGCUGGAAUGGCAGCCAUUGUGAGACAGAGAUUGACGAAUGUGCAUCACAGCCAUGUCAAAAUGGUGGCAGUUGUCAUGACUACCUCAACUUCUACAACUGUACCUGUGUGGCAGGGUACUCAGGUGCUAACUGUAGGGUAAACAUCGAUGACUGUACACCAGACCCCUGUCAGAAUGGGGGAACAUGUCGUGACAAGGUGAACGGUUACACGUGUGACUGUCCCUCGACCCAUAUGGGUAAGACGUGUAAUCUUAAAUAUGAUGCAUGUUCGUUUGCGCCAUGCAAGAAUGGAGCCACAUGCAACGCCACGCUCUCCACCCAAAAUUACAACUGUGCAUGUGUACCAGGAUAUAAUGGCAAGAACUGUUCGACGGACAUCGAUGAUUGUGCUUCCAAUACAUGUCAGAGUCCCAAAGUCUGCUUUGAUCAUAUUAACAGAUACACCUGCGCAUGUCCCACCGGCUAUACAGGGGAAAACUGCUCCACUGAAAUCAAUGAGUGUGACCCAGACCCCUGUCAGAACGGCGCCACCUGUGUGGACAAGAUUGGAUCCUAUUUCUGUCAAUGUCCCACAGUGUUCCUCAAUCUCACUCGGUAUGGAAAUGGUGAGAAACUGGAGUUCAUCACUGGGUACAAUGGUACAAAUUGUGAAUACAGUAUAAACGAGUGUGACUACAACCCGGGGGUGUGUCUGAGUGACGGAGCUUGCGAGGAGGAAGACGGACUACCAGGAUACCUGUGUAGAUGUGGUCGUGAUGCAGAUGGCGUCUACAGGACAGGUCAGAACUGUGACUUGUCAACCUCCUAUUGUGAAACAUCGGAAAUAGUAAAAAGUGAUCCACCUGCGUGUAAAUUUGGUGGCAUCUGUAUACCUGGAAGGACUUCCUUUACCUGUAACUGUACUAAAGGAUAUACAGAUUCACGCUGUGAAACUGAUAUCAACGAGUGUGAAUCCAGCCCAUGUCAAUAUGGGGGUACAUGUCAUGAUAAGGUGGCCGGCUACAAUUGUACAUGUAUCCCAGGAAUCACUGGGCCCAACUGUGAAGUAGACAUAGAUGAGUGUGAAUCAUCGCCGUGUCAGCAUGGAGGACGCUGUAACCAUUCCAUCAACAUGUACGAAUGUGACUGCUAUGAUACUGGAUUUAACGGCACCAACUGUGAACUCAAUAUUGACGACUGUGCGUCCAACCCCUGCAUGCAUGGCUCCACCUGUGAAGAUGGCAUCAAGGAUUACAACUGUUCCUGCUAUGAUGGGUACACCGGUAAAAACUGUGAAAUUGACAUCAAUGAGUGUCUCAACAGUCCAUGUUUUUACAAUGGCACCUGCCUUCAGCGAUCUAAUCAGACAUUAUACAACCCAUCCUACGACCUUCCAGGAUAUUCUAACUUCUCCUACGCCUCAGCUGCAGGCUAUACAUGUGUUUGUAUCCCCGGAAUCACAGGUGAAAACUGCUCUGUUAACAUUGACGAAUGUGUAGUAGACAACUGUACAAAUGGUGCCACCUGUUUGGACGGUAUCAACAAGUACAGCUGUCAGUGCGCCCCUGGUUACAAGGACAUGUACUGCCAGACAGAAAUAGAUGAAUGUUUGGAGUAUCAGCCCUGUCAGCAUGGCUCCACCUGUACUGACCGGAUUGCCAACUACGACUGUACAUGUGCUGAUCUUUAUGUAGGGAAAAAGUAUGCUGGAAAGAACUGCACAUUUGAAUUGACAGCAUGCAACAGUAAUAACUGCCAGAACGGUGCCACGUGUGACCCAUUCCUACGUAACGAGACAACAGGUGAACAGGCAUACAGGUGUAUCUGUCCGAGCGGAUACACUGGUCAACUCUGUGAAAGAAUCACCAGUGGAACAUUUCAAAACACUUCACGAUUCAGGGCUGAACUAACCUCCAAUACCACCAACAUCAUCUCUUUUCAGUUUGCCACAACACUUCCGAAUGGCAUGCUGUUUAUCUGGGAGGGAACAUCUCCAUCUAGGACAUUUGUUACUAUUGAGCUGGUUGGAGGGCAUGUAAACAUGAGAUACAUCCUAGGUAGUGACAUAUCAUCUGCAAGCAUGAAGACCAUAGGAUUACCUUUCUUAUUGAACAAUGCAGAUUGGCAUACUAUAAAACUGCAACAAAAUGCUAGCAAGUUAACAUUGACACUAGUGAGUGAAGAGUGUCCAUCUGAAUCUGAAUGUACAAAGGAGGUUAGUCAUACACCCAAUCUGGCAUUGAAAGACAUUUCUAUUGGAAGAGGAAGGAAUUCUUUUAUAAAUGAUAACACACUUUCUAUGACAAAUUUUAUAGGAUGUGUUCAGGAUGUGAUUAUUAACAGGGUCAUUCAGAUUAUUUCUGAGGGAGAUGCCAUUGCUGUUACUAAGGGAUGUACUCGUGUUGACCAAUGUAACCCUGGUCCUUGUAAUGGUAAUGGGGUCUGUACUGACCUCUGGAGUUCCUUCAGGUGUGACUGUGGCCGACCAUACCUGGGAAACACCUGUAAUCAAGAAUAUGUUGCAGCAACAUUUUCAUUUGAAAAUACGAAGUCAAAAGCAAGCUUCGUAAUUCCUGAAAGUCUGAAGUCGACCUUGACCUCUGACAUUGACCUUUCACUAUUUAUGAGGACCAGAGAAGCCAAUGGUUUUGUUGUAUUUUUCGGUUUUUAUGGUAACAGUGCUGCGAGUCGGACAUUCCUGACUCUGGAGACGUAUGGUGGUGCUCUUGUCAGCAGGUUUGUGAUGUGUAACUUCCAGAAAGUUCUAUUUGCUAAUAAUACAUUAUACAACAGUGGGUUUAAGCAUUUUGUUAGUAUGAAAUUCUACAAUGGACGUUACACUAUUUCAGUAAAUAAUACUGAUUUGGACAGUGUGCUUAUCACUGCUCAAAAUUGUUCAUUUAAUGCAGACAAAUUAUACUUUGGAGGAGAAAUUCCAGAGGUCAGUUCCAAUGUUAUUACAGAAAGCUCAAGGGUCAGGAGAUCUUUGUACCCUGCUGUUAAUGAGAUCAGCAAUGAUAUCAGUAAUUUUAACAAUGUGACGAGUUAUAAGGGAACGCUUCAGGAUGCUCAGCUAAACAAGAACAGUCUCCAGUUUAUUGCCCCGACUGACCCCAGCAUUGUGAAGAUUAACCCCAUUAAUGUGGAGGACAACUCGACUCUGACUGAAGGAGAACAAUCGGACAACAUCUGUAACCUAACCCGGCCUUGUCUCCACAACUCUUCCUGUACAAACGUAUUCUUCAACGACUUUAGCUGUAAGUGUCAGCGAGGUUUCCGAGGAAAGGAUUGUGGAGAAUUAGAUUUCUGUCAUGAAGAUUCAUGUCCAUCUGGGGCAACUUGCCAAAGUCUAAACGAUGGGUUUGAAUGUCUGAGUACAACACUGUUCAACCCCACAACAAGCUCCAUCAUAUACAAGGCAGUUUUGCAGCCAAACCGACUCAUCCACAGACUUUCUCUCAAAAUCAAAACAAUGGUGAAAAAUGGUGCUUUAUUAAACAUUGGAUACAACAACUAUUUUGUGAAGCUUAGCAUUGUGGGAGGAAGGGUGACCGUGACAUGUAAAUUUGGAGAUGCUGGCGAGGACACGUUUAUGGCUGACUAUUACGUGAGUGAUCAGCAGUGGUAUCAGGUGACGUUUCAGGACAUGACAGACAAUGUCACAUUGACAGUCCAGUCAGAAACAGGGGGGAUAACCCAUGCCAGGACAUCUCUUAUUCCUCAAAAUAAAUUACAUUCCUUGUCUUAUCUGGUUACAAGCUCAGAUGUUCAACGUGUUAAGUUUGGGCAGGCUUUUGGCUCCAGAACUCCUCAGUUUUAUCGUGGGUGUGUAAAGGAGGUUCGGCUAGGUGGUAUCCUUUUACCAUUUUUUGAGCAAUCAUCUUUCACAAAUUUCACAACUCAAGAAUAUUUUGAGGUUGUGAGUAUGUCAUCUAUUCCAAUUGGGUGUGUGGAAGGAGCCAGAUGCUCCUACCAACGAUGUCAAAAUGGUGCCCAGUGUCUGCCCGGUUACCAUGACUACCAGUGCACAUGUCCAAGUGGGUAUGAGGGCCGGUGGUGUGAGACCAAUACACCAGACUGUGGUCCUCAAAGCUGUGACUCCAACCAUGCUGUGUGUGUGGAUAUGGUGGAUAACUACUUCUGUGACUGUCAACCCGGCUACACAGGCACAAGGUGUGAUGUGGCCAUCGACUACUGCCAGAACUCUUCCUGUCAGAACAACGGCUCGUGUGAGAAUGGCACCGGGGAUUACCAAUGUCAAUGUACUAACGAGUACACAGGGAAAGACUGCAGCGUACAUAAAUACCAAACCUGUAAUGGGAAUAGUCCAUGCCAGAACAAUGCCAGCUGUGUCUCCAUCAACUUGACAGACUCAUUGGGGCAAACUCGGCCUAGCUUCAAUUGUUCCUGUUUGUUGGGGUAUGAUGGAGGGGUGUGUGGGGUCGAGAUCGACUACUGUGCUGCCCCGGUCUGUCAGAACAAUGGUACCUGUACCUCAAACACAGCAGCCGGAGAGUACACCUGUACUUGUCUCCAAGGCUACACCGGUAACGACUGUGGGACAGAUAUACAAGAUUGUAAUGGACAGUGUCAGAAUGGUGGGACCUGUGUUGAUCUCGUCAAUGCCUACGCCUGCAACUGUACUGACGCAUGGACAGGUGUUAACUGUGAUGUAGACAUAAAUGAGUGUAAUUUGACACAGCCGUGCCAGAACAAUGCCAGCUGCACAAACUCUGACGGCAGCUUUAUGUGCCACUGUUAUGGAACCGGUUACAAAGGGAUGUACUGUUCGGAGGAUGUGGAUGAGUGUCAGUUGGGAAUGGACCCGUGUCAGCAUAACUCUAACUGUACCAACAGUGUGGGUGACUACAGCUGUGCUUGUUCCCAUGGUUACACAGACAAAAACUGCAGCACACCAGACUGUAGUCUGGUGACAUGUCAGAACGGUGGCACUUGCCAAGCAACAGAUGUAUGGAAAUGUGACUGUGUCAAGUACUACUAUGGAGAAUUAUGUCAGAAUGAAGGCCCUUGUCUGAGCAAUCCAUGUAACCAGGACAACAUCAUAGAGUGUCACCAGGACGUCGCCAUCUCACCUCCAACAUAUACCUGUGAAUGUAAACAAGGUUGGAAUGGCACGAGUUGUGAUACUGACAUUAAUGAGUGUGAAUCAAGUCCCUGUCUGAACGGAGCGACGUGUUACAAUUCGGAUGGGUCGUACAACUGUACUUGUCAGGAGGGAUACAAUGGCAGUCACUGUGAAGAUGAUAUAGACGAGUGUGCUUCCAGUCCGUGUCACAAUGGCGGCACAUGUUCUGACCUUGUCAAUGGAUUCAAAUGUACCUGUACUGAAGGCUACACUAACGUGACCUGUAUGGAGGAUGUGAAUGAGUGUGUGAGCAGUCCCUGUAUCAACGGCGGGCAAUGCAAUAACCAGCCUGGGGACUUCCAGUGUGUCUGUACCAGUGAAUACAUGGGCAAACUCUGUGCACAGCGGAACCCAGAUUACCAGAAAAUAAGUCCUGACGACAACCUGGCCAUUAUCAUAGGCCCUACAGUGGCCGCAGUCUUACUGCUUAUUGUUAUUGGUGUUAUCAUAUUUUUGGUACUGGCACGGAGUAAGCGUGCCACAAGAGGUCACUACAGUCCAAGUCGCCAAGAAGUUACAGGGUCAAGAGUGGAACUUGGAAAUGUAAUGAAACCACCCCCAGAAGAACGCCUUAUAUGAUAAAUUCCUUAGAUAUUUAUUGAUGGAUAAUAACUAUGGUAACACCAUGUGCUCGGCUGACAGGUGAUCACAGGGCUGAUGGAUUAAGAGGACAGUAUAUCUGUACCCAACUUCAUCACCAGACACUUACAGAUUUGGUGUAGCCAGCCCUGGUCAGCUGUUAGCAGUCACACCAGUGGAGGGGUGUACCUAUGGUGCUAUGUAGGUGAUGCAGUGCUAUCCUAUGGAAACAACUAGGGAUGAAUAUCUCCUAGCAAUGGAGGCCAAAGGUAUCGCCUACAUAUCUCAGGAUGGAUAUCUCCAAAGAACAGGGAUAUGUAUCUGCUAAGAGGUGGGAGAUGGAUAUUACAUGUGAAUCUAGGAAUGGAUAUUGGAUAUUGGCUAGGAAUGGAGGGACAUGUAUCUGCUCAGGGAUGGGAUGUGGAUAUUUUCUACGAAUCUGGAGAUUGAUAUCUCCGAUAAUCCUACAAAUUGGGAUGGAUGACUUGGUAUCCACUACAAAGUGAUAGAUGGAUAUCUCAGAAGUAGGGGUGUAUAUACUUGCUACAGGUCAGUGGAUGGUGAAUGGAUGUUUCCUAUAAACGCAAGGUGGAUAUCAAGCUGAUACCAUAUACUAGAAUAGUUUGUAAGAUUUAUGGCAAAACUUUGUAACAGUGUUACCACAAGUUAACAUGUAAGCAAGUCAUUCUAAAUGAACAAACCUUACGCAAAUCAUCUAGAUAAUUGUGGCAGCUUUUUCUGCGAUAAGCUAUAUGUUAAUUGAUGAUGAUUGUGCCUAAUUUUGCCAACUUUAGCUGCAGUGUGUCAUGGUGUUAGUCUACACAGCACAUGUGUGUCGAUGAUGAUGUCAAUUGUGAGCUUAUUAAGGAGAAGAGAAAGAGGUUUGGUGGAUAGCAGAAGAGUCGGCAUUGGAAAAACUGAGAUAGAUGUCAUUGAUCACUAUAGACGGAAUCUAACCAUGACACAGAAACUUUCUAUGCAUUAGUUAAAGAUCUGAAUCAAAGUGUCAUAUCAAAGAUGUGUCAUCCUGCUGAAACAGUUGUCAGUCUUCCCACACUCAUAACAGCUACUACAGUUUGAUUUGAGGACAUUAGACUCUGAAUAAGGCCGACUAUGUGAUUUUCAACUACAAUCUUUCCUGCAUUUUCCUGCACUGUUUUUCCCGUGUAUUGUUCAUUUGAAUUCAAAGUAAAUAAGGCUCGCAUUCAAAUUACAUUUGUAUUGGAAAAUUGAAUCACUUAGGUUAAAUUUCAAAAUUCCCAUAUCAGAGCAUGGAAUUGGACAGAAGGCUUCAAAUUAAAUACAAGACAAGAGGACGCUAGACAUGAAUGUCAGGACAAUGUCUUUUCUGGGUCAAACACUGUCACCAGUACACAGACUAAACAGCUGGUAUAUAUGUAGGCUUCAUUGUGGUUUAUGUUACCCUUCCACAUUUAAAUGGGUGGUUUUUAUUUGACAAUUUUUUCUGAAGCCAUCUUCUGUAAUAUUUUUUACCACAUUUUCAAAACAGUGUAGGAGGCGAACUGUUAAAAAACAGUGUAGGAGGGGAACUGUUUUAAGUGCUAUUUUCAAGAAGACAUGCUGUAGAUUUUAUUUUUGUCGUGGUGAUUAAUAUUUAUCACAAUUAUGGAAAAAAAAUUGUCUGUAUAUUUAGAUAUGUUUAAAUCUGUUAAUGCCAUCCAUUGGCUCACUUUUAUAACAAUUAUGUCUGUUCAAUUUUGUUGGAUUUGCCAUGUGAUUGUUCUUAUUAUAUAAGAGUUAGGAGACUUUCGCCUGCACUGUAAUGACUAACUAUGUGUGUACAAGUGUCUGCAAAAUGGGUCAUCUAGUUGUCCUCAGGUUUCCAACAUUCUCUGUACAACAGUAACGUUUGUCAAGUGUCAUUGGAACACUAGAAACUGUCACUAACAAUGAGACCGGAUAUAAGGACCCGUUAAUUUGAGUCUUUAAUCUUAAAUGUGUACCGAAUACCGAGUGGUAUGACUCCAUAGAUAUUUCUGUUGUACAGAGCAAUAUGUCCUUAUUGACAUAUUAAUCAUAUUUCACAUAUCAUCAACAUCAUCAUCAUCCCAUUCUGGAUAACAUGGAUGAUUUACUUAAAUAAAUGGUCAUAUGGACUUAAUUAAAUACCCAAGGGGGGUAACUCUAAUGCAAAUCAAUUUUGUAAGGCAGCAUGUCCUCUUAAGUGAAUUUCUAGCCGAUCUGCAGCCACUUCGCAUUUUUCAAUAUAUAUGUUUUAGAAAAACGAAAAAAAAACCCACCAUAAUUUGGAUAGGAAAAAAUUGCAUUAAGUUUUACAAAAAAUCAUUCAAAAUAUAUUGUUUACAAGAAAAACAAUUUAAAUCAAAUUUUUCAUCGUGAUCUUGAAAAAGUUGUUGUUUAGAAGUGCCAUUAAUUGGUUAUAUAUGAGGUGUGUACUUAAUACACAAUUUAGCUGUAAUUUGACUACCAAACUUUAAUUUUAUUUUUAUGAAAAGGAAUGUUUGCUUAAGUUCUUACAGAAUUGUACAAGAAUGAAUGUAUCAUACUGUUGUUAGCAUGAAUGUAAAUAUUUCAUUAACUAGAUUUAUGUACAUAAAUACUAAUACGAUCAAGAUUCACAUCCGUCGGAUUUUAUCAUGUAAACAAGAAUAUCUGUGAUAUUAGUAUGAUUUCAGAUUGAUAUUUUAAUAUUUUGCCAGGAAUUUUAUUCUUUGUGUAAAAGGUUGUAGUGAAUUGGAACGUGAUAUAAAGAAACGAUAUUGACCACUGGUAUAAAGAUUAGAUAGAAACCGUGUAAGUCUAGUACAUUUUCGGUGAGAACAUUCCAAUAUUUUCCUAAUUUAUCCAAUUAUUUUGGAAUUCCCUUUCAUAUUCCUCUAUAAAAAGACUUCAAAAUUAAAGAGAGGCACUUUUUAUCUUAACUCAUUCACCCCUGAAAUUUCAUAAUGAACUAUUCCAACAUUUGAAUUGGAAGAUUUCAAAUGUGUCUUCAGGGGGUGAAUAAGUUAGUUAAAUCCUUAUGGUUAUGGGGCCAUGUUGAAAGAAAGUUGCAGUAGAAGGCCUUUAUGAAUAUUGACAUACAAGUUUUGGUUCAUAAAUAACGGUUUCUCUGUGUAGGAUAUAUUUGGGCCUAGUCACUGAUUAAUGAAAAACAGUCUGCAUGCAAUGUUUAUCCUAAGCCCAUUGUUAUAAUUUAAGAUUAAUUGUCUAAAUAUGCCAUUGUUAUAUUUUAGACUGUGUUUGAGUAUGCUACCAUGCAUAAUAGCUUCAGGUCAGUGUAUAUACCUCAUACCAUCACAUCGUUUCUGGUAGUGUUCCUCUCCUCUUAAAAGUAACGGAGCUGUUUUUGAUGGGACAAAGUCUCCACCAAUAAUUACAUAGAUAAACCCUAUAAGGACUAGAAUUGAUAGGAUAGCACGUAAGAGCUGUUAACAAUAUUAUCAUCUUUAUAAAUCCUACUCAUUCCUACAUUGAUAAUUAUUUAGAAAACAAAGAAGAAAUUAACAAACAGAGGACAUAUUCACAAAUAUAUAUUUUUUUAAAUAACCUGGCACAUCUGAUUUAUACAUUACUGCGCCAUUGUUUAUUUAGUAUGGAGCAUUUUAACCAGACUGAUUAUGCAAAAAAUGACACUUUUUCUUUCUUCAAAAAUGAGUAUAUCCUGCAUCAAUGAAUUAUCAGGCAGAGAUGUUAAACUACUACAGUAUAACAAUGUUAAAGUGUUUAAUAUACUCGGUAUAUGUGAUUUUAAAUUUGUGCUAGCAGCUUAAUUAGCAUACGGCCAGUGUAGUAUUUUAUUGUAAAUAUUAACAUGAAAUACCAAGCUUGCCUUAGGAUGGUCAUCAUGUAGAUAUAUAUUCAGGUACUGAUACCUAGUGUUGGUGCUAUGUGGCUAUCAGACAAAAACACUGGUACCCAUUCAUUGGUUGUGAUUUUAUACAUUAUCCACAUAUCAUCUGUUCUUGUCCAUUUUAUAUAUAUUGGUCUGUAAGUAUAAACCGAUCUAUUGUUAUACAUUCCGCUGUAUCUGUGUACAGAAUCAUUCCAUAACAAAUAUAUCGGUGUUUUUAGAGGCACUUUACACUCAACUCAUUCUGAUAGGAACUUUACACUCAACUCAUUCUGAUAGGGACUUUACACUCAACACAUUCUGAUAGGGACUUUACACUCAACACAUUCUGAUAGGGACUUAACACUAAACUCAUUCUGUUAGGGACUUAACACUCAACUCAUCCUGAUAGGGACUUAACACUAAACUCAUUCUGAUAGGGACUUUACACUCAACACAUUCUGAUAGGGACUUUACACUCAACACAUUCUGUUAGGGACUUUACACUCAACACAUUCUGAUAGGGACUUUACACUCAACACAUUAGGGACUUUACACUCAACACAUUCUUAGAGGGAUAUUACAGUUAACAGGUAUUCUUGUAACUGGGAUUGAACACUUUACCUAUAUUCUUGCUAAAAUUAAGAGAAGAUACAUGUGUUAAUUCAAAAUAGAGACUUUGAAGAAAUUAAUAGGUAUACAGAAAGAUUGAUUUCAAAUAUCGAUGUUCUAUUGGAAUUGUAGUAAAAUAGAGAAAAAAAUGUUAAACACGUAGAAAUAAACAACCUUAUAAACAUUGUGUAAUAUUCCUCACACGGCAUUUGAAUACCUAUGUAGUAUUGCUAUUUAUAAUGUGUGAUACAUUAUUGGUUGAGUACUAGGGUGAUAUGGUAGAUGGAAACUGUAGAGUAUGGGGUCUGAGAUAGAAACAUUAAAUGGGGAGGGGGUCGAUUGUCAAGGUUAUAAGGCCAUGUAGUAUUGCAUUCAUGUAUAUUUGGUAUCAAACGUUUGGAGCAAUAAUACUUUUACUAUGUAUGAUUCCCAACGUAAAGUAAAAUUAUACAAACAUCCCUCAAAGAUUGAGUUCAUACCAGUAACUCAUAGCAAUCAUUACAGCCAAACUCAUUUGUUUUUAGCUUGAAUCUCGUCUAGUGUUUUGAUCCACUGCACAUGUCCACAAGUAGAUGUCAUUUAGCUGUAUAUUGUGUCAGCUUUGUCACACCUUCAUCCAUGCAAAAUAACGUGUCAUCAAAUAGCUGUCUAUAAUACAGGUGCCUGGUUUUCAAUCAAAAUGAGGUCAAUCCAAAGACAUCUUCAGUAUUAAAUUGUUAAUAAAUUUUAGAAGCAAAUGAUUAACGCAAGAAUCACAGUUAAAAGUAUGUUACAAUGUUUUUGUGUGUUCUCUGCCCAACAGAAUGCUACCUUAGUGUGUUCCAAUGUCUUUUGUGUGUUUUCUACCCAGCAGAACGUCUAUCUUAGUGUGUGUGUGUGUAUGUGUUCUCUAUCCAGCAGAACAUCUACCUUGGUGUGUUACGAUGUCUUUUGUGUGUUCUCUACCCAGGAGGUCUUUUGUGUGUUCUCUAUCCAGCAGAAAGUCUAUCUUAGUGUGUGUGUGUGUGUGUGUGUGUUCUCUACCCAACAGAACGUCUACCUUAGUGUGUGAGUGUGUGUGUUCUCUAUCCAGCAGAACGUCUACUUUAGUGUGUUACAAUGUCUUUUGUGUGUUUUCUAACCUGCAGAAUGCUACCUUAGUGCGUUCCAAUAUCUUGUGUGUUUUCUACCCAGCAGAAUGCUACCUUAGUGCGUUCCAAUGUCUUUUGUGUGUUCUCUAUCCAGCAGAACGUCUACUUUAGUGUGUUACAAUGUCUUUUGUGUGUUUUCUACCAGCAGAAUGCUACCUUAGUGCGUUCCAAGAUCUUGUGUGUUUUCUACCCAGCAGAAUGCUACCUUAGUGCGUUGUGUGUUCUCUACCCAACAGAACGUUCUCUCUUCAGACAUUGGGUUGUAAGAACUGAAUACACUUUGGGCAGGUAACUGAUCCAAUUUGUCAUAUAAUGAAUAAUACCAUAUACUCAUCCCCUCAUUUACAAGUAUCAUUAUAAUCACCUAUAGUUCAUUAAUUAGAGUUGUAAAUUAAAUAUAUUUAUAUUGGAAUAUCAACUAUGUACAUUAUCCAAUAUGAUUGCCUCAUCAUAUUAAUACAUUAUAUAUUUUAGCCGCAUUACCAUACUUUUGAUAUUAUAUGAUACAAGGAUGUAUUGUGCAAUACUUUGCAGAUGACUACUAUCCGGUAGUGGUCUAGAUGUCACUUUGGGGUGUACUGCCCAUGUUGAGAUGUUUUAUUACUAUGUUUUGUAACGGCUACGCAUAUGUUUUGUAAUAGUCAUGUUCGAUGAUAGUGUCAUAUUGUGCCGAGAAGGAGAAAAAUAAAAUAUCCAAUAGUAACAUA